CGACAUGGGUCCCAGCAACAGAGCUCUGUGGAAACUCUGCGGGAUUGGGGCUACGAGGGCGUCUGGAGCAAGUGUGUCCUGCGGCCACCCAUGCAGCACGAAGCGCAGGUUGUACUUCCUCGCGGAUCCUCCACAUAUCUUGAAAAACCUUCGUGGUCACCUCGUAAGGGGUCAAUCUAUUCACAUCCCACCGAAUGUCGUCAAAGCAGAGAAUCUUCCAUCUGAUGAGGUGUCAGUACGCCACAUCAGGAAAGUUGCUGAAAUUGACGCAGAACACGACCUAAAACUUGCACCCCACCUCAAGCUGAAAUACCUGGACCCGAGCCACUAUGAGAAAAUGAACGUGUCAUCUGCCGUGGCUGUUCUGAACCAUGCAGUAGCUGCUGCCAUCAGGGUUCUUGUACAGCUUGGGAAACUCGAAAAGGAAGCCAUGACCACUGCCUGGUUUUUGGAGCAGGUGGACAAGUGGUUCUGCCUCAUGUCAUCGAGGUCAGUUUCCACAGGUCUGAGCAACUUCAAGGAAAACAAACAUCAAGAUGCUGUGUGCUUUCUUGAGGUAUUUGCAAGGUUAAUGUCGGCUGUGAAGAUAAAAAAGGAAACUCAAAAUGAAUGCUUCAAACCUGUCCAAGCAGGCAUCAUGGUUUCAUCUAUGUGUGCAGUGCGAUUGCAGGACCUUCUGUUGAGAAAGUGCAACUUCAAGUUUGUCAUGCUUGGCCGACUGAGCCAGGAUGCACUGGAGGACCUCUUUUCCUGUGUACGUGCAAAGAACCCUGUACCUCGGCCGCUCGAGUUCAAGCUAACCUUACGACUCAUAAUGCUGUCGCAGUAUUUCCGGCCAAGUCAUAAAGGCAGCUACCAUGUCAGUGACCGCUCUGAUCUGUUGGAGUUUGUUGAACUCCGAAAAGGACUUGCACGAGAGGAGAGCCACAGCAAAAAUGACAGUGUUGCAAGUGUGGAACCCGAAUUGCUGGAGUGGGAGGAGACCGUGACACUGGACGCCCUUGAAGCUCAGUCACUCUGCUACGUAGCAGGGUAUGCUACCAAAAGUGUGGCCGGACUACACAGGCCCUGUGCAGCAUGCAAAGCAUUUUUGGAAGAUAACUUGGUGGACAAGGAUGACGAAUUGCUUCAAUUCAAGUCAUAUUGUGGUGCCGGUGAGAAAAACCCACUUUGCCGGCCAGCGAAAAAAGUUGUCAACUUGUUGCAGCACACAGAAAAGGUGUUUCGACAGCACGAAGACAAUAUCUUGAACAUAUCGAUGUCAGUUCUUGCUGAAAUUGUGCUGCAGUCUGCCCCUUCACAUGAGUAUCCGUCCUGCCACGGGAUUGCUAGGAAACUAGUGGACAAAUUCCUGAGCCUGCGGAUGCGUAUUGCCCUCAGGAAGAUAAACUGUGCACCACGUGCUGCGCCAUCAAAAUGUGGCAGCAAGAGUGUAGCCAUGAGAGUACUUGCUGAGCGACUCAAGUAA